AUGACCAAGGACGAGAGAAUCGCCGCCAUCGACGCCAUUGCUGAGGACCCCUCUGUCACGCUGGAGAGCUUUGCACAUCUGGAUAUCAACAAGAUCUUGCGAAAGAUUGAUAUGCGAUUGGUACCCAUGUUAACUAUCUUGUAUCUCUUGAGUUUUCUAGACCGCGGAAACAUCGGAAACGCAAAGAUUGAAGGAUUGGCCGAGGAUCUAAAACUCACCGGUGCAGAAUAUAAUUGGUGCCUGACAGCUUUCUUCUUUACAUAUUGUGCUUUCGAGGUACCGAGUAACAUGUUGUUGAAGAAACUUAGACCUUCAAUCUGGUUGCCGUCGAUUAUGGUGGCAUGGGGUAUUGUCAUGACCUUGAUGGGUUUAGUAAAGGAUUUCCACGGUUUGCUCAUCGCAAGAAUCUUCUUGGGCGUGACUGAAGCAGGACUGUUCCCUGGAGUCGUUUUUUAUAACACCAUGUGGUAUUGUCGUUACGAGGUCCAGGUCCGACAGGCGUACUUCUUUAGCGCGGCAAGUGUAGCAGGAGCUUUCUCCGGACUGUUAGCUUAUGGCAUCUCGUACAUGGAAGGCGUGGGAGGACUGGCAGGAUGGCGAUGGAUCUUCAUCCUCGAAGGCUUGCUCACUUUCCUCGUUGCAAUCGUCGCUUACUUUGUUCUUGUCGAUUACCCCGAGACGGCCUCGUUCUUAACUGUCGAGGAGCGUGCCUUCAUCACAUAUCGUCUAAAGUAUGAUGGACAAGAUGCCAACACCGAACACGGAUAUCGCGUCGCUCAAACAGAUCGCUCUGACAAGAAGUUCUUGUUCGCUGCUUUCCGUGACUGGCAAAUCUGGGUCAACAUCGUCGUAUAUUGGGGUUAUGUCUGUCCACUGUACGGUAUCUCGCUGUUCUUGCCUACGAUCAUCAAAGAGCUUGGGUACAAGACGACGACAGCACAGCUGCUGACUGUCCCAAUAUACGUCGUUGCUUCUGCUAUUACGAUUGCUGUAGCAUACGCGGCUGAUCGUAAGCGACUUCGCUCGCCAUGGAUCCUUGUCGGCUUGUGCUUCCAGGCUAUCGGCUUCAUUAUGUGCAUAUCGACUAGCCAUCCCGGCGUCACGUAUGCAGGUAUUUUUAUUGCUGCUUGCGCGUUGUAUCAAUGUCAGCCAAGCAACAUCACCUGGCUGAGCAACAACUUGUCUGGAAGUUACAAAAGGGCUGUCGGAAUGGGUAUCCAGAUCAGCGUUGGCAAUUUGGCUGGUGCCCCGCUAACACGCUUGAUAGCGAUGGCAUCAAACUUCUAUCGUAGCACCGACGCUCCAAGAUACAUCCUUGGCCACGGUCUUGAGAUUGGCUUCAUUUGUAUGGGUAUUGUGGCUCUUCUGAUUCAAGUCUUCAACUAUCGGCGCAUCAACAAGCAAAGAGAGGCUUCAUUAACAGCCGGCGAAGCCGAGAAUUUUACUCCUGAGGCACUUGGAGAUCUGGGUGAUAAAGCUGUGACGUACCGGUACACGCUCUGA